UUCUUCUUCUUCUUCUUCUUCUUCUUCUUCUUCUUCUAGCCUCUAUGUUCUUGGAGAAUAAUUAGAAACUUAUAUUAAGAUGGCUGUUAACUGUUCUUCAGCUCAAAUCUCAAUUAAGAAGUAUGGUUCAUUUCUAAAACAUGGAAACAAAGAUUUGAUGCCAAAACAAAGCUAUGUCCCACAAAAGAAGGGGCAACAAGUUGGUGGUGCUCUACCAUUGAGGAUCACAGCAUCAUCCAUCAAGAACAAGGUUUAUGAGGAUGAAUCACAAGGCAUAAUUUGCUACCAAGAUGAGAAUGGAGAAAUAAUUUGUGAAGGGUAUGAUGAAGGACCUCGUUAUCAACAUCCUUUUAGGCCAACCUGUCAUCCGAGGGAUGUUGAAAUUAUGAAUCUUUUUCUAAGACAAAGUGGAAUUCAGAUUGUUAAAGGGGAAGAAAUCAAUUUCAAUCAUGGUGAAGUUGAAGGUGUUAUUAGUCUAAAAGAAGAUUUAAACUUGAAUGGCUUUUCUUAGUGUUAGUUAGUGUGUAUGUUUUUUAAGAAAGGCAUGUAAGAAAGAGCAUAUAUGCAUAGAAGGUUUGUUCCUCCAGCAUAGUUUCAUGCAAGUUGUACAAAUGUUAAUAAUAAUAACAAUGACAAUGCCUUUCUUAGUGGUUUUUCUUUUUCA